AUGGCUGCGGACGCGAACGCAUCCUCCGAUGCCAAGCCGGGUAGCGCCGUCGAGAUGGUUGAGCUCAAGGCAGCCCAGGAGGGCAAUCGCCUUGCUCUGGCACAGGCAAUGGGCUCAGAGGAGUUUCUUGCUGCCGAGAAGGCACUGAAGCGGAAGCUUGACAUGCGCCUCUUGGCCAGUGUUUGGCUCAUCUUCGUCCUCAACUAUCUGGACAGAAAUAAUAUUGCAGCUGCAAAGGUUGCUGGUCUCGCAGAUUCGCUUAAGCUGACAGCCGCUCAGUAUGCUACCGCAGUGGCUAUUCUGUUCGUCGGUUACGUUCUCAUGCAAAUCCCCUCCAACAUCUUCUUGGCUCAGCUCCGCCCUUCGCUUUAUCUGCCUGCUUGCAUGGCUGCUUGGGGCCUGCUCUCUACUUUGACUGGAGUGGUUCACAAUGCUGCGGGCCUUUAUGCCUGCCGUUUCUUCCUUGGUUUCGUCGAGGCUGCCUUCUAUCCUGGCGCUCUGUUCCUGAUCUCCUCAUGGUACCGUCGCUCUGAGAUGGGUCUCCGUAGCGCUAUUCUAUUCUCUGCUACUCAGCUUGGAAGCGCCUUCAGCGGUCUUAUUGGCGCUGGUAUCCAAAGUGGUCUUGAAGGUGCUCGCGGUCUCGAGUCUUGGCGAUGGCUGUUCAUCAUCGAAGGCUCCAUCACCAUAUUUGUCGCCAUCUGCACUUGCGUUAUUCUCCCAGAUUGGCCCACAACGACCCGUUGGCUCUCUCCCACUGAGCGUUCCGUCGCUGAGUGGCGCUUGAUCCAGGAUGCUGGUCAGGUCGAUGAGGAUGACGAGAACUGGUCUCACGGUUUUAAGCUCGCCUUCAAGGACUGGCGCCUUUACAUUUUUGCCGGCAUGUUCUUCUGCCUCCAGGUCGCCGCCGCCACCUCCAACUUCUUCCCCUCGGUCGUCCAGACUCUUGGCUACAACAGAACCAACACUCUUCUGCUGACCGCCCCCCCUUACAUUCUGGGCCUCAUAAUCUCCAUUUCAAACAACUGGUCCGCCGACCGUCUCAAGAACUCCUCCUUCCACGUCAUGUGGCCCCUGGCCCUGGCCAUCAUCGGCUUCGUCGUCGCUGCUGCGACUCUACAGGUCGGCCCCCGCUACUUCGCCAUGAUGCUCAUGGUUGGCGGCGGCCAUGGUGCCAACGCGGUUGUUUUGGCCUGGACUCAGAAGACGAUGCUGCGACCUCGAAUUAAACGGGCUGCCGCCGUUGCUUUUGUGAACGCUUUCGGAAACAUCUCCCAGGUUUGGACCUCAUACCUUUACCCGGACACUGACAAGCCCCGGUACGUGCUUGCAAUGUCGGUAAACUCUGCCUUUGCUCUCGGUACCAUUAUUCUUGCUCUUGUGAUGCGCCUCGUGUUGCAGAGAGCCAAUAAGAAGCUUGAUUCUGGUGCAGACGUUGCCGAUGUGAUGAAGGGUGAGGCGCAGGCCGAGAUUAGUGGUGUUACCGAGGAGGAGCGCCAGGCUCAGAGGGCCGCCUUCCGCUUCAUCACCUAA